GAGGGGCACCGAGCCCGCCAGCGCCGCCCGCCCCCGGCACGCUCGCCCGUCUCGCCGAGCUGGUGCCUCUGCCGGCCUGCGGCAGGGGAGGAAGGCUCUGCAGAGGGACCCGGACGGGCUGGAUCCGUGGAGUGAUGCCCGUGGUGCGCCAUCGCUGCUGCCACAGACCCACGAAGUUUUAUGAUGAUGGAGUGAAUCCGAGCAACAAAACCGAGUACUUGGAGAACUACCCUGGCUAUGGCAACGUCUGCCCUCCCGAGAGCUGCAAGCCAAAACCAGAGGCCCAUGAGGACCGGGGCAGAAUGGACGGCACCACAACAUUCAAAUCUGAUUAUAUACCAUAUGAAAUUCUUGAGAGACCUUUUCGGCCACAAGAAGAAUACAGACCAAAGUCAGGGAAGAUUGACCUGGGGACCAUUUAUCGGAGAGAUUACAGCCCUCAUAAAGUGGGACCAGUGACAUUAGUGAGGCCUCAAGAGAGGAAACACACUUCAGAUGCAAAAGUGGACACCAUCCCAACCUAUCGAGAUGACUACAGGUUAUGGAAGGGUGAAAGAGCGGAAUCCUGCAAGGUGGAGCGCACAUACGAGCCCCCUUCGGAGAGGUUUGGAAAUCCUUCUACAUUUCAAGAUGAUUACUUCCCUAGGCAACCCAACCCCGCCCAGAGCUGCAAGCCUUGUGACACCAAGCUGGCAGCAGGGCCUUUUGAUGCCAACACCAUCCAUCGCACCGCGUUCGUUGCCCAUGAGCUGAAGCCCAUGUUCGUGAGGCCGAGAGAAGAGUACAAGCCAAGCGACCAACCCUUUGAAGAUCUCACAACCCACCAGAGAGACUUUAAAGGGAUACCUGGGGAACAAGCAAAAAGCUGCAAGCCUGAAGUUAGAAAACUUGGAUCUGAUGAUCCUUUUAAAGGAAUCACUGAGUUCCAGGAUCGCUAUCAGCCGUAUUUGGUCACUGCACCCGAGCUCCGCAAACCAAAAGAGUACGUUCCACCCACAGACAAGAUGGACCUCAAAUCCUCAAACUGUCUUGAUUACAUUUCACACAAGGUUGCUCCUAGAGCCCCCAUAAAACCAGCUCCCAGGAGAAAAAGCAGUGCCCCUUUUCAAGGGAAGACUACUACAAAAGAACACUAUCAACCCUGGAACGUCUGUCGUCAAGAGCCAAUUAAAAGAGAAGAGGAAAUUCAAAAACCCACAGGAAAAUUUUCUGGUUUAACCACAUUCAGGUCCCAUUACAUACCACAUCAGCCCAACCCACCUCAAAGUUUCAAACCUGUACAGGCUGUUGCUACCGGAGUUCCUUUUAAAGAUGAGACUUUGUAUCGGACUGAAUACACUCCAAAGAAGCCAGAGAUCUGCCCAGGACAUGAUCCAGAUGCUCUGGGUUAUGUCUAUGUAAACACAGAUUCUCAGGGUCACAAAUUCUACCGGCAGCUGUCUCCAGAACCUUCCGAGCCAAACUGUAAUCCUAUUCCAGAGGAGGUACUUGCCGUGUCAUAAUACUUACAUGCAAUAUUUCAAGCACCUUGGUUAAAUAACUGGAAAUCAAUUUGUUCAUUUUCUCUUUAAGUAACACUGAAAACAAAUGCUGAAGAUUUUGCUUUUAGAAGUUUGAAGAAAACCAAAGCCAAACCAAAGUUUAUUACAAGACAAAUAAAGAUUUGCCAAAUGCUGAAGGAACACUACUCCCUACAUGGCAUCUGUCUGUUCUCUGACUGUGCAUUCUAGUUUCCUUGACUCCCCAGAUUUUAUCGUGCUCCAUCUCAAGCAUAUUUAUAACACGUUUAAUUAUUUGAUAUUUUCUGCAGUCAAAUUAUUGUAUUUGUGAAAUAGCAAGUGUCUUUUGCUGAUAAAAUAUUUUGCACAGUAAGCAAAUAAUGCUAUUUACAAAUAAUCUAAGAAAUCAGUAAUAAUCUCAGUAAUCUGUAAGACUUUUUUUCUUUAUAUUUUACUGCCCAGAUCACAAGAUAGCAUGCCAUGACACCUAGGCAUUUCUAAAUACCUGGUUUCAGCUUCAGUCAUCCCUGCUUUAACCAGUCAGCCACCAAAAGCAGGUCAUUAGACUGUUUCCUAAUUUCCCUGAUGGUGCUCUUCCAGCCUUACUUCCAAAGGAAACAAAACUGAUGCACCUUGGACACACUGACACACUUUGUGCAUGUGUCCUCCUCAGCUGAAUCACCUUUAAACCCAGUGUGCAAAUUUAAUCAAAUCUCAUUAUGAGGCUGCAUAGGUUUACAGAAAAUAGAGCAAACUCAGGUAAAAAAAGAAAUACCAGCUGAGAUGCAGAAACCUGUAGGCAGCCUGGCUUCAGUCUGUCUGCUCUUCAAAGAAUUGCUUGUUCCAAAUACACAGACUCCAAUUUUUUUACAGAAAUUUUAUAUGUAAUUGCCUCUGUAUGAAAUAUUUAGUUUUCUCUAUCUUUUGCUGAUUUUGAGAAAUCCAGAUGAAUCAAUUUUAGUUUUAUUACGUUCAUGAUUUAAGCAAGUCCCAGUUACUAGUUCUGUAAUUAACAGUAUUGUCAUGCUCUAUCACACUACUCAGUAUGAUUUUUUCCUCAGUAUUGCGUAUCUUGCACCCAUUGGUGUGGAACAGUAUUUGGGUUGUGCAGAAUCAUGUGGCUGUACUUCAUAAACAAAGUCUCUUAUAAAAGGGCUAAAACCAAUGAUGGGAACAUUUUUAAAGCAGGAACUUGGUCAUAUGAAAGCAAAAAAAGCUGAACUGAGCUAAUAUGCUGUGCACAAAAACAUUGCGUGAGAGGGAACCAGACAUUAUUAGAGCAUCAGUCACUUUUACAGAACUUUUGUCUUUGUACUGUGUUUUUGUGGCAUCACUUACUCUGGUAAUGUCGUGGCAAAUCAGUUUUACUUGUCUGUCUGAAAAUUAUUCACCUCUCUCAGAUUAUGAAUGAAAAAGGACAAUGUAAAUCUGUGAGAUCCUAAAAGCAGGACAAGAAAAUGUCCAACUGAUUGUCAUCUUUCUGUAGCACAAAAGAAAAAAAUACACUCUGUUGAGUCAUUUUCUGUCAUGCCACAACUGAGGAAACAAAGCCAAAACUUUGCACAGUCACACCUACCCAGGUCCACAUCCUGUACACAGUCCUGGCACCUCUGGAGCUUUUUACAGAAGCUCCCAAUGCCCUCCAGCUCUCCUCUCAAGGGAGGGAGAAAUGCAGCCUGAAUCCAUGAAAUUACAUGUGCCUGCAUGUUCUGCUCAAAAUGGCUCUUCUGCUGGGUCUGUGAGGGAGCCCAGAUGCUUUUUUAAAUUUUCACAGCUGUUUUUUCAGUUCUGAAGUCACUUCCCUCCCUUAAGUUAUGGAAAGUCAUUUGCUGCCACCUACCAGCACGGUACAAACAUUUUGAGAGGAAGGGAAGUGGAGGGCAUAUUCAGAUACAUUUAACAGUUCCUCUGCAGAUGUGUUUGAAGGCUUUUUUAGGGUGGAGGGGCAUAUUCCCUUUCAUUUUGUCCUUAAUGUUUUCCCCUAAGUUUAAUAGUGAAAGAGAGAAGCCUUUAUUACUUCACAAUUGAAAAAGCCCCAACACACUGAUUGUGCUUCCAGGAAAAGCAUCAAAUGAUAUUAUAAACCUUCAGACACUAUUCAAUACCUGACGUCAACCUUUUCAUAAGCAACAAAUUACUGAAAUGCAGACCAAAUGAAGAGACGGCUGGAAAACUAAUAUUUUUCCAAAAUAACAGCUGUUAAAAAAGCAUUUUAUGAUGUCAUGCUAAACCAAGAUGUAAAAGCAGAAAAGUUAUUCAUGCGUUCAGCUGCUAUUCUGAGAGUGUUUUCUGUGCACUCUGCCAUCCAGCAGCAGGCUCCACAGCACUCCUGUACAGAGCCUUUGCUUUUUUAAAGAUUGCACAAAUGGAAUUGAAAAGGAAAAUUAAGCCUUUGCCAAUAUUGUUAUCUAGGAUAACUCUGAAACACCAUCAUUACAUUGUUAGACAUUUCUUUUCUAUUUAAUAAAAAAAAUUGUAAGGCUUUUACUGUUCAUAUUGUUUCUUAGACUAUUCACACAUAGUGAUUAUUCUGAAACAAUUUCUUUUUCAUUCCCAUCACUCACUAAAUACAAAACAUGGAGCUGUUCUGUCAGAUCUAAAUGAACUCUGCUUGGUGAAGGCCCAGAAAAGAAAUGGAAUUUUAUUCCACCUUUAAAGAAUCCUCAUUCCAUAUUUCAGUGAACCACAGCUGACAUGUGGAUUUUGGCAAAUUAUCUUCCCACUUUUUCAGUCAGGUCACAUCUAUGUUGUCACUUAAUAGCAGUGCAAAGCAGACUGCAGUGAAGUUGACAAUAUGUCUGAUAGACU